AUGAAGUCUUCGAAUUUCUGCAUCCUGGGCCUCGUCGCCCUGCCCGUGGCGGCCCAGGAGCCAUCGUUUCCCGCAGCCAUCUCUGGCUUCCCCGGCUGCGCUCUGUCGUGCCUCGGAGCCGACAACGGCACGACGACGUGCGCCGUCACCGAUCUGGCCUGCAUGUGCGCCGAUCAAACGUUGCAAGGCAUCAUGACUAAGUGCGUCUUGACGAAUUGCACCGUCAGGGAAGCCCUUUUGACCAAAAAUCUCACGGCCACGGCGUGCCAUGAGCCUGUACGAGACAAGUCCGCGUCCUACGUGGCCAUCUCCAACACGUGCGGCAUCAUCUCGGCCCUCUUCGUCAUCCAGCGCUUUGCCUACAAGUAUUGGGCCAAGAUUGACUUUGGCCCCGACGACUGGUUUACGCUCGCAUCCAUUGUCGUCGGCGUUCCCAGCACCGUCUUCAACGCGUACCCCGUCGUCCAGAACGGCAUGGGCCGUGACGUCUGGACCUUGACGCCGAACCAGAUCGCCGACUUUGGCAUGUUCUUUUACAUGCUCGAGAUCAACUACCUUGCCGAGAUUGCCCUCGUCAAGAUUGCCCUUUUGUGCUUCUACGUCCGCAUCUUCCCGAGCACCGCCGUGCGCCGGCUCCUGUGGGGAACCGUUGCCUUUGUCUGCCUGUUCGGCAUCAUCUUCGUCUUCGUCGCGCUCUUCCAAUGCACCCCCGUCAACCAUUUCUGGCUGCAGUGGGACAGGGAGCACCCGGGCAUGUGCCUCGACAUCAACGCCAUUGCCUGGUCCAACGCCGCCAUCAGCAUCGCCCUCGACGGCUGGAUGCUCGGAAUUCCUCUCUGGCAGCUCAGGGCUCUCCACAUGGACUGGAGGAAGAAGGCUGGCGUCGCCAUCAUGUUCUGCGUCGGCACCUCCGUCACAAUCGUCAGCAUUCUCCGACUCCGCUCCCUCGUCAAGUUUGGCUCCGAGACGAUGAACCUGACGUGGGACUUUUUCGACGUCGGCGUCUGGUCCACGGUUGAGAUCAACGUCGGCAUUAUUUGCGUAUGCAUGCCCACCCUGCGCCUGCUCCUCGUGAGGUUGUUCCCCCGCCUCCUCGGCACGACGCAACGGACGUACGAAAAGUACUCGAGCGGAAGGCACCUAUCCAUGACGGUGCAGAGACCGACGCAGCUGGGAAGGACGGGCACAAUCUCGCGUGCCGAGCGGUCCCAUGACGCGUCGCACACCAAGGGGAACCAAAUCACGUGCCAAACAACCUAUACUGUCGAGUUUGACGACCUGACGUCCUCGACGGUGCGGGAGCUGGAAUGUGCCAUAUCAGACGGCUCAGCGUCGCCCUUGUCGCAUUCACAUCUCGGUCUCGGCUUUUCAAGAAUGGACGGGUGA